AUGGCGACUUCUCUCAUCACAAGGAAGUUUCGCUCGGCGGACGCAGAUAGCGAUGCUCAGCCGGGGUGGUUGAAGCGUCAGGUCACCGGCGCUCUGCAAUCUAUUUCCAGCCAUGCCUGCCAGCACCCCAUCCACACCAUUGUGGUCAUUGCGUUGCUCGCCAGUACAACCUAUGUCGGUCUUCUUGAAGGAAGUCUUUUCGACAGUGUCCGGAAUUCUCGAAGCAUUGCCGGUCAAGUGGAUGUGGAUACCUUACUCCAGGGCAGUCGGAGUCUCCGAUUGGGAGAGAGUACAUCUUGGAAAUGGCAGGUCGAGGACGCUUCGGCCGAUCAGGAUUUUACAGCUGCCCACCAUCUCGCGUUGACCACCUUCAUUUUCUCGGAUUCCUUGUCCAAGUCAUCUUCGAUUGCCCCUGUCGCCGCAGAAGUGCCAAUUCCGUCGAAUGCUUCUGCUCAGCCAGUGCCGGAUACCCCGAACCUGUUCUCUCCGUUCUCCCACGAUUCGUCUCUCGCUUUCACUCUUCCAUUCGGUCAGGUCCACCAGUUCCUGAAGUCAGUGCAGGAGAUUCCCGACUCCUCAGCUGACGGAGUCGACGGAGAACAAAAGAAAUGGAUCAUGCGGGCUGCUCGUGGCCCCGCCUACGGCUCGGGAAGCGCUAUCAAGCUUUGGUUGACAGAUGCAUGGGGUUCUUUCGUUGAUCUGGUCAAGCACGCCGAAACAAUUGACAUUGUAAUCAUGACUCUGGGUUAUCUCUCGAUGCAUCUUAGCUUUGUCUCCCUUUUCUUCUCGAUGCGCCGUUUGGGUUCGAAAUUUUGGCUGGCCGCGACUGUCCUAUUCUCGGGCGCAUUCGCCUUUCUGUUUGGUCUUCUGGUAACCACAAAGCUUGGAGUCCCGAUCAACGUUCUCUUGCUGUCUGAAGGCCUUCCAUUUCUGGUUGUCACCAUUGGCUUUGAAAAACCCAUCCUUCUGACCAGAGCUGUUCUCAACGCGGCGGUGGACAACAAGCGGCAAGUGUCCAGAACUGGCUCCGGUCGGGCCUCGAGCACAACCAAAUCCAUUCAAGAUUCCAUUCAGAUUGCAAUCAAGGAACAAGGUUUCGACAUCAUCCGUGACUACUGCAUUGAAAUUGCCAUCCUUGUUGCUGGUGCCUCUUCUGGAGUCCAGGGUGGGCUGAGACAGUUCUGCUUCCUCGCGGCAUGGAUUCUUUUCUUCGACUGCGUUCUGCUCUUCACCUUCUACACCACAAUUCUCUGCAUCAAGCUUGAGAUCACCCGUAUCAAGCGCCACAUUACUCUUCGCAAGGCUCUAGAGGAAGAUGGAAUCACCCACCGUGUGGCAGAAAAUGUCGCUUCGAGCAACGAUUGGCCCCAGACUGGAUCCGAUAGCAGCAAUGAGACUAGCGUUUUCGGCCGGAAGCUCAGAUCAGACAGUGUCCGGCGAUUCAAGAUCCUGAUGGUUGGUGGUUUCGUCCUGAUCAACGUGGUUAACCUGUCCGCCAUCCCCUUCCGCAACUCAACCCAGAGUGUUGGACUGCCUAUCCUGUCCCGCGUCUCCAACGUUUUCGCCCCUACGCCAAUCGAUCCUUUCAAGGUCGCUGAGAACGGCCUUGACUCGGUCUAUGUCUCUGCCAAGAGCCAGAUGAUGGAAACCGUUGUGACUGUCGUCCCCCCCAUCAAGUACAAACUCGAAUACCCUUCUGUGCACUACGCCGCGCCAGGAGAGCAACGUACCUUUGAUAUUGAGUACGCUGACCAGUUCCUUGAUGCCUUUGGCGGAAGAGUCAUUGAGAGCCUUCUGAAGAGCAUCGAAGAUCCGAUCAUCAGUAAAUGGAUCAUUGCUGCGUUGACUCUGAGCAUCAUCCUGAACGGUUAUUUGUUCAAUGCCGCCCGGUGGAGUAUCAAGGAACCCGAGACUGCUCCUACCGCCCCCCAAGAAGCCGUGAUCGAGCCCAAGAAGGAAUACCCCAAGAUCGAUCUGAAUCCUGAUGCACCCAAGCGGAGCCCGGAGGAGUGCGAGGAGCUGUUAAAAGCCAAGCGAGCUGCCUACAUGACUGAUGAAGAACUUAUUGAGCUUUCCUUGCGUGGCAAGAUUCCCGGUUAUGCGUUGGAGAAGACUAUGGAGAACGAAGAGCUUCUGAGCCGUGUGGAUGCUUUCACCAGAGCUGUCAAGAUUCGCCGAUCAGUCGUUGCUCGUACCCCUGCUACCUCCGCCGUCACCAGCUCUUUGGAAAGCUCAAAGCUCCCCUACAAGGAUUACAACUAUGCGCUGGUCCAUGGUGCUUGCUGCGAGAAUGUCAUUGGUUACUUGCCCUUGCCCCUCGGAGUUGCCGGUCCUCUGACCAUCGAUGGCCAAAGCUACUUUAUCCCCAUGGCCACCACUGAGGGUGUGUUAGUUGCCAGUGCCAGCCGAGGUGCCAAGGCCAUCAACGCCGGUGGUGGCGCGGUGACUGUUCUCACCGGCGAUGGUAUGACUCGUGGUCCUUGUGUUGGUUUCCCCACACUUGCGCGUGCGGCUGCUGCCAAAGUUUGGAUUGAUUCUGAAGAGGGCCGAAGUAUUCUUACUGCCGCUUUCAACUCGACCAGUCGGUUCGCUCGUCUUCAGCACCUGAAGACUGCCCUUGCCGGUACAUAUCUGUACAUUCGAUUCAAGACGACGACGGGUGAUGCUAUGGGUAUGAACAUGAUCUCCAAGGGUGUUGAAAAGGCCCUUCAUAUCAUGGCCACUGAGUGCGGUUUUGACGACAUGGCCACGAUCUCUGUUUCUGGAAACUUCUGUACUGACAAGAAGGCUGCCGCUAUCAAUUGGAUUGACGGCCGUGGCAAGUCUGUUGUCGCAGAGGCUAUCAUCCCUGGUGACGUUGUUCGUAACGUGCUCAAGAGUGAUGUGGACGCGCUUGUUGAGCUGAACACCAGCAAGAACCUGAUCGGAAGUGCUAUGGCUGGAAGCGUUGGUGGAUUCAAUGCGCAUGCCUCGAACAUUGUCACUGCCAUCUUCUUGGCGACGGGACAGGAUCCCGCGCAGAACGUUGAGAGCAGCAACUGUAUCACAACCAUGAGAAACAUCAAUGGCAACCUCCAAAUUGCCGUGUCGAUGCCUUCCAUCGAAGUUGGAACCAUCGGUGGUGGCACCAUUCUCGAAGGACAGUCGGCCAUGCUUGACCUGCUUGGCGUCCGUGGCUCUCACCCCACGAAUCCGGGUGACAAUGCUCGCCAGCUUGCUCGGAUCGUCGCCGCUGCUGUUCUUGCGGGAGAGCUGAGCUUGUGCUCUGCACUUGCUGCCGGACAUCUUGUCAGGGCGCACAUGGCGCAUAACCGUAGCGCCGCACCGACGCGGUCGUCGACGCCGGUCUCGGCCGCCGUUGGUGCCGCUCGGGGCUUGACCAUGACCGCUAUGAAAUGA